UGGCUGAUCCUGGAUGACAAUUUUUAUUAUCGGAGCAUGAGAUACGAGGUGUACCAGCUGGCUCGCAAAUAUUCCUUGAGCUUCUGCCAGUUGUUUUUAGAGUGUCCACUGGAAUGCUGCUUGCAGAGAAACCGUCUCAGAAGUCAUCCGUUACCUGACCAGACAAUACAUUUAAUGGCAAGGAAAAUAGAAAUGCCAGAUCUCGAGAAAAAUGCUUGGGAACAGAACAGCUGCAUUCUGAGAAGUUUUGAUUGUACUUCGGAGGAUAAGUAUGCUAAUGCAUUGACGGAAAGGUUUUCAAUAACUACUCAGAUAAUUAGUUUGCUGGCCACUGCUUUGGAAAAUCCAGUGAAGCAAAACGAGGAAAACACUGAGCAAAAGGAAGCAGAUCGAGCAAUCUGUGCCGCUAAUGCUGUCCAUCAGGCUGAUCAGACGUGCAGACGCAUCAUCUCGCAGACAAUGAAGGACGCAAAAGAUAAAAACGUGCUUCCACAUGAGAUGAAGGGCCUGGCAGAAGAACUCAACAAACUCAAAACAGAAUUUUUGGAAGACUUGCGUCAAGGAAGCAAUUUGAAAAACCAAACGUGCCUACAAAAUCAAUAUUCUGACCCUGCUACAAGUGUAAUUUCUUUAUUCCAACAUGAGGCAGCCAAUAUAGUUAAUAAAUAUAUUUUUAAAUAA